AUGGCCUGCACCAUCGAUUUCCGCUACCUUGACGAAGGCUUUGGCGGCAAGACCUACAAGCGCAAGCGCGAGGCCGAGGCAGCCGCCGCCGCUGGCUACAGCAACGAUGACUCCAUGGAGAUCGACUCUUCCUUGCCCCCGCCGGCAAAGCGGUCGGCGGUCCCCUCCGCCGACAAUCCCGACAAGCCGACCUUCGGGACCCCAACCUACGACGGAGUGAUUGCGGGGAGGGUCUCGGGAAGGAACUGGAAGCAGGCCAGAAAGCAGCGGUCGUCGGCCAAGGUGGUGAGCAGGCGAGUGGCGCCGUUCGAGGAGAGGCAGAAGGAGAAGCAGAUCAAGAAGGCAUACAGAGAAAGGGUGAACGAGCUGAAGGAGGUGAUCAGGAGCAACAAAGUGGAGAAGAGGAAGGCCAGGGAAGAGAGGGAAAAGAGGAAGAAGGAGAAUGUGCUCAAGUCUGGUACCAAGCUGCAGAGGAUCAGUAAUCCCAAGACUCUGCAGAAGAUCGCCAAGUCGAAAGAUCGGAAAUCGCUCAAAGUCGUUCCUGAUGCUGUUUUCAAUAAGAACAUCAAGGGCAAGAAGUAG